UUAUGUCGUGCCCUUGCAAUUGAGGUACAACUCUCAGACGAAAUCAAGGUACAACUCGACGAAGCUGCAAUUGAACCAUGUGCUACGGCAACGACCGGCCGCCGACGAGAGAUGACCGUUUCGAGACGCCGCCGCCGCAGGAGAACGAAGACAGGGUGAUGGCGGUGGAGAAUCUGAGGGAUCGGCUGGCGGAGACGGAAGCACGGCUGGAGCGAGCUAGGGCACGGGAAGCUGAGCUCAGCUGCUGCCUCGAUGAGAUGAGAAAGUUCGUCCGCGUUAUGGAGAUCCUCGAAUCCUACCUCCGCCGCCAGUACGCCGAACAGCAAGAUCGCCUCGCGCGCUUAUACUCUUCUUCUUCUUCUUCGCUUUUGGUACCCUCAAAAUAGCUGUUUUUUGCUUAUUAUUAUGCAAAGAAAUUAGGGAUUAUAUAAUAGUGGAACUAGUUUGGCUAUGUAUAUUUUGGAUAUGGUGUUUAAUGUGAUGUGAAUAUCUGUUUCA